GGGGGGGGGGAACGACGAGCCGUUGGACUAAUGUUUUCAGAGUCGAACCGCGCGGUAGCCUGAUGGCCGGCUAGCUGCUCCGUGCACUCCGCCGCGGCCUGUUGGGGGUGAGGAAGGGAGGUGACGGCGCAGAAAUGCUCGACUACCGCUGACUCCCAAGCGGACGGUCACCCGAGACGGACACCCGCUUCGAGUCGGACGACGAGCACAAUGCACUUAUAAUACGUCUUUUUUUUUUUUUGGAAAAAGCUUUUAACUUUUUUUUUUUUUUUUAAUGGUGGCGUUUGGACUCUGAACGACAGUGAAUUCCACCCGCCGGAGGAGACAUGUCAUCCAACUGCACCAGCGCAGCGGCGCCUGUCAGUGCUAGCAAAACCAAGACGAAAAAGAAGCAUUUUAUAGGACAGAAAUUCAAGUUGUUCCGCGCAAGUGAACCCAUUCUCAGCGUUUUAAUGUGGGGUGUGAAUCACACGAUUAACGAGUUAAAUAAUGUGCCUGUACCAGUAAUGCUGAUGCCGGAUGACUUUAAAGCCUACAGCAAAAUCAAAGUGGACAACCAUCUAUUUAACAAAGAAAACCUUCCUAGUCGCUUUAAGUUCAAAGAAUAUUGUCCCAUGGUGUUCAGAAACCUGAGGGAGAGGUUUUGCAUCGAUGACCAAGACUACCAGAACUCUCUGACACGGAGUGCUCCGCUCAACAGCGACUCCCAGGGUCGCUUUGGCAACCGCUUCCUCUCCAGCUACGACCACCGAUUUGUAAUCAAAACCGUAUCCAGUGAGGAUAUCGCUGAGAUGCACAACAUCUUGAAAAAAUACCACCAGUUUAUAGUGGAAUGUCACGGCAACACACUGCUGCCUCAGUUCCUGGGCAUGUACAGGCUAACAGUGGACGGGGUGGAGACGUAUAUGGUCGUGACCCGGAAUGUAUUCAGUCAUCACCUCACUGUGCAUCGCAAAUAUGACCUGAAGGGUUCUACUGUCUCAAGAGAAGCCAGUGACAAGGAAAAGGCAAAAGAGCUCCCCACUUUUAAAGACAACGACUUCCUCAACGAAGGCCAUAAACUGCAAAUAGGAGACGACAACAAGAAAUACUUUUUGGAGAAGCUAAAACGGGAUGUUGAGUUCUUGGCCACUCUCAAGAUCAUGGACUACAGUCUUCUAGUGGGGAUUCACGACGUGGAUCGAGCCGAGCAGGAGGAGAUGGAUGUGGAAGGUACUGCGGAUGAGGAAGAGUUUGAGAACGACGGGAUAGGCGGAGGCGUGCUGACCGGCUCAGUUGGGACUCCUCCAGACAGCCCAGGAAACCCUUUCAACUGUGGAGGAUUCUUUGAACCUGGGGACUUUGACCCCUCUGUUGAUGUUUACGCAAUCAAGAGCCAUGACAGUGCUGUCAAGAAGGAGGUGUACUUUAUGGCCAUCAUUGACAUCCUCACACAUUACGAUGCGAAGAAAAAAGCUGCACAUGCUGCCAAAACUGUGAAACACGGGGCGGGGGCCGAGAUCUCAACGGUGAACCCGGAGCAGUACUCCAAGCGCUUCUACGAAUUCAUGUCCAAUAUCCUGUCAUAAACUUUUCGCCUCUUUCUCUCUCACACAUGCACGCACACACACACACACACUUAAUUUCCACCUUUACCUAAAGAGGCCACAUCUCAGUCGAGUGAGGCCGUUACAUUUUUUUUAACAUAAAUGACAGAACCUUUCCUUUUUUGUACCCCUUUUUUGUUUGAGUUAAUACUGUUUGGUUUCUCGCCAGCACAGAAAGUGUCUCACUAUAAAUGCCUUGAACGCUUCUGCAGCCUCCUCACUUUUCUACUCAUGUUCUAACUCCACAAGCAGGCAGACGACACAAGCUCACUUCCGUCUUCUUUUUAGUACGAACACUUUGGAAUUAGAGGAAAUGUUGUGUUGAUUAUUAAAUGACUGCAUGGCUGACGUGCACAUGAGCCUUCAACAGUACGCUUGACAUUAAAACCACUGAACUAAAACAUCUGAGUGUUAAAAAAAACAAAAACGAGAAAAAGGACAAAAAAACCCUGAGAAAAUUGGUGUUUGAAUGUUACGUUGCCAUAUUGUAUUUCUUAAUACUUUUGGAAUACCUGUGAGCUUGGUGAAGGUUGGUCAAAGAUGUGUUGAAAGUAAGAAUAAGACAACAGCAAAUACUUGUUUUAUCACAGUAAGACUCUUUUUUUUUUAUAUAUAUCUUGUUUACAUUGAUGUAGCAAUUUAGUGUUUGUAUACAGUAUUGUUUUGUUACCAACAGACGUUAGGGAAAACAACGGUGACUUGAAAAUGAUUCAUUGCAUAUUAAAGGGAGUUUUAUCUUG